AUGGGACUCUUGAAGGUAAUUCGUAAGACUAAAUUAAAGGAUAAAGAAAUAAGAAUAUUAAUUCUGGGAUUGGAUAACGCAGGUAAAACUACCAUCUUAAAGAGUAUAAAUAAUGAAGAUAUUACCAAAAUAGAACCAACUGUAGGAUUUAAUAUAAAAUCGGUAAAAUAUAACGAGUAUAUAUUGAAUUUCUGGGAUGUCGGAGGACAGGAAUCCAUACGCCUUUUCUGGCGCAAUUACUUUGAAAAUACCGAUGCCUUAAUUUGGGUAAUUGAUUCGGUGGACACUUCUAGACUAAACAUAUCAAAAAGGGAAAUCAUGAAAAUUUUAAAAAAUGAUAAUAUGUACAAAAGUACUGUUUUAAUUUUCGCAAAUAAACAGGAUAUCAAAGGCUCACUUACACCCAAGGAAAUCAACCAGAUGUUAGAACUGGAUAAGGUAAUAAACGACCGCAGUUAUAUGAUCUUCGGAACUAGUGCUGUAGAAGGAAAUGGUAUUCUAACCGGAAUCGAAUGGUUAAUUAAUGAUAUUAAUACCAAUAAACUUAAUUAA